CCUUUAGUCUAUGACCUAAAGUUUGUAAAUGUCUUGCUUGUUGAACGGUGAUCACUUUGAUCAUUAUUGUUUUGUUGGAAAUAACUCGUUGAAUAUUUGUGUUAUAUUUAAUCCUAAAUUCUAUUUUGUUACUUAGACAGCUUAAGAUUUUGGAAGAUAUAUUUUUACUUUCAAGUUACAAUGGAAAAUAGCGUUACUUGGCCACUUCUGAAGUCGUGCAAAAAUAUGAAAACAGAAUUUUCAAAUCUGUGUAAAAUACCUAUAAUCUCAGAUGGUUUCACAAUUGGCCGUGGUGUUUGGAAUUCUGUGGUGGUGCCAUUCAUCGCAAUCUCAAGAAAUCACUGCAAAUUUAAAAAAGGUGACAAUAAUGAAUGGAUUCUUGAAGAUUAUAGUACAUUUGGUAUAAAAGUCAAUGGUGAGACUCUGGGCAAGGGGCUUCAGAAAAUUUUAUCAAAUAAUGAUGUUAUAUCCUUAGAACCAACUAAUGAAUUUGUGUACAACUUUGUCAUACCUUCUCAAGACAGUGAUAACUAUGAAACCCCUAGAAAGCGUAUUAAAAUUGAAGACACUCAUGGUAACCAAAUUAUUGAUGAUGUAAAAAUGAAGUUUGAAGAGUCACAAACAUUUGAAUUAAAGCAUAUAGAAGAAAAGAUACAAAAUGCCAAACAAAUGCAAAAUACAUCAAUGAUAUUAAAGAAACAAUUACAAACAGAUAUGAAUAGAAAAAUUCAUCAGCUAGAAAGUGAGUUUGCAUUACAAAUAGAAAAUUUAAAAGGAGAAAAAGAUGAAGUCGAACAACAAAAGAUUAAACUUAUAGAAGAAAGAGACAUGCAGCUGGCUAGUGUUAAACAGGACAUGGAACACAAAAUUAGUGAACUCAUGGAACAAAUUCAGAAACACAAUGAAACCGAGUCAGAAUUACUUAGAGAAAAUAAUUUACUUAAAGAAAAACUUACAAAAGAACGAGAAGAGUUCUUGUUAGAGUUAAAUAAAGAGAAUAAUUCAAAACAAGAAAUGUUAGAAAAACUUAAAGCAAAAUUGCAGGAACAAGAAGAGCUACAAUUAAAGGAACGACAGAACUUUGUCAAUAUGCUUCAAAAGGAAACUGAACAGCUAAGAUUAGCUAAAGAAAAGGAGUUAAAAGAGCUAGAAGAACAAAGAGUGCAAAGAGAAAAUGAAUUGAAGGAAGAAUUAAAUAAUAUAAAAAAGAAUCUUGAGAGUAAAAUUCAACAAUCAGAACUAGAGAAACAAAAGACUGAACAAAUGCUGCAUGAGCAAAUGGAGCAUAUGAAAAAACUUAAUGAUGAAGAGCAAAUAAAAAUGAAAGAUUUGAUGAAAGAAAGAGAAGAAUUGGAAAAGAAAUAUAAUGAAGCUCAAUCUAGUGCUGAAAAAUCCCUUGAAGAAUUAAAGAUGCGAGUAACAGAAAGAGAAACAGAACUGGCCGCAUUAGCAGCAGAUCGUAUUCAGAAACAGGUGGAACAAUCCAGUGCAGUCAUUAAUACUUUGCAAGAACAACUUGAAAAGGUCACAAGUCAACUUCAGACUGUAGAAAGUGAAAGGAACACAAUAUUGGAAAACAUUGCUGCUCCAUCUAAAGCAAGUGAACAGUCAUCAAAAGAUAUGGUGCUUACAGAAAUGGGUGAACUAAUGGAGAGUGAAUUGCAGUGCAGUAUAUGCAAUGAACUAUUUGUAGAGGCCACCACACUUAACUGCUCACAUACGUUUUGCAAAUAUUGCAUUUCUGUGUGGAAAAAAAAGAAAAGAGAUUGUCCUAUAUGCAGAGCACCUAUCACAUCGGAAUGUAGGAGUCUAGUAUUGGAUUCUUUUAUAGAGAAAAUGGUACAGAGCCUAAGCGAAGAAAUGAAACAAAAAAGAAAAGAAAUCUUGGAGGGCAGAAAAGAACUCGAGUCGGAACAGGCCCGGCAGUCCAACGCUAACACCAGCCGAGGAGAUAGCAGCAGCUACAAUUCGGCAGACGACGAAGAGUACUCCGAAUUCGCGGAGAGCGAGGAGGAACCAGAGGCAGACUACUUCUUCGGUGGCGAUGAUGGCGAAUACGGAAAUGAAUGGAACACCGAGAGUGACGAUAGUAGACUUGACAGUGACGACGCCUAUGGUGGUCGGGUCGGAAGUAGUAGUGGUAACAGAAGAAUUGCGGAGGUAAUAGAAGGACAUCCUGACGCUUACUACGGCGGCUAUGGGCGAUGCUACAGUUGUGGUGCCCGCGGCCAUUGGGCGCCCGGCUGCCCCUUUAGAUAACAGCCUAAAUUCGGCCACCGUUUCUAUUCAAGCUAAUGAAAUUGUCAUUUUAUAAUUUCAUUCAUUUCUUAUGUAAACAUGUGUCAUCGAUUGCUUCAGUUAUGUAAAUAAGUCAGCAAUUUUAUAUAAAAUGAACGGCCUGUUAUGGCAGCCAUCAAUAAAUUUUAAAUAUACUUUAGUGUUAAGUGCGAAAUUGUUGAGUUCAAAUGUAUACGUUGAAACCGAAAUGCAGUUUCAAAAUGGAAAUAUAUCUUGUAAAAUUAUCUCUAGCGCCAUAAAUAAUAUUUAUCUACACAUCUUAUAAAGGGCAAAUUUUAGGUGUGCUUGAAUUUUCAAACUUUUGGUUUGACCAAACACUGCCUCCCAUGCCACUUGCUUUCUACACAUGCAUUACCUCCAUACGGUAGCUCCCAACUAGUCAGAUUCAAUAAUUUAUUGAAAUAUCAAAAAUGAAACUUCUAUGAAUUGCGUAUGACACUGCAACAUAGCAUACUUAAUGCUGAAAAAUUACAUAUAUCGUCAAAACAAUGAAUGAAAGUACCAUUGUAUUUUAUUACAAACUAUGCAACAUUGUAUUGAAAAAUAAUUUAUUUUUGACUUAGAAGAUUUACUUGUUGCUUAAAAUUCGAUCUCUAGUUAUAGAGCCAUAUUAUCCCUAAAUCAAACUAGACAAAUACACUAAUAGUCCGGUCAAUUUAGACCAAAAAAUGAGGGUGAAGUAACAUAAAGUCCCAACAAGCUGAAUUUCUGUGAAAUUGUUCAAAACAUAUUUAUAAACAAUGUCUAAAAGUUCCCCAUCAUUCCCCUGUAAGGAAAAUUUUUUAUUCAAGGUCAAAGGUCAGAAAAAUGAGUUUUUCUCGAUUUGCAGCAAAACCGUAAGUUUUAUAAUAAAAGUACCUCCGACAAAAAUUGUAGUUCAUAACAUUAUCUAUAAAAAAUGUAUAAACACUUUUUUCUUACGACCCACCGUUUCUGAGAUAUAACGAUGCAAAAAGUUAUAAAAGUUGUUGUUGUAACUUCGAAUGUCUAAAUUGACCGGACUAUAAGGCGUCAGUUUGCGUAGAGAAACCAAGGUGCGCUUAAUGCUUGCCUAGGGCGUUAAUUAGGUUUAAUUCUAGGCUAGUUACCAAUAUGUUUUAAUUCCAUUGUUUCUAAUUCAAUUUUAAAACAUACCAUGUAAUUAAUGUGUUUGAGGUCGGCGCCCAUGAUACAUUUUGAGAAUUUUGACAGAAAUUGUAGGUAUAGUAACCAAGUCACGCAUCUUUCUUAUUUGUUGAAAAAUAUAUACUUCGCUGUUAUUCUCCCCGUGUUUUCCAGUGACUUUGGCCUGUUAUUAAAUGAUGAUUAAGAUGAAAUCGGAGAUCUGUGAUACUUUAUACAAUACAUAUAAAUGUGGAAUAAUAAAUAUUAAGGUAUAUACAUUGACUCAGAUUGUCCGUUGCCUGUUGUAAUUCUAUUAUUGCUAACGAUUAUGACAUGAAAAUCUAAAGAAACGUUUUAAAAAAUAGAUAUUGUUUGAAAAUAUCCUGCAACCACACUUCACUCUCUAAUGUUUAAUGGAUUGGUGGAAUACCAAUUUUGUAAUACUUACUUAGUUAUGAAAAAACGAUGAUUAUAAAUACUUUUUAUCUAUGUUCUGAAAAAAAUAAUAAUUGGAAAGAUUCAAUUAAAUCAAUUUUG